AUGGAGCUGUGCAGCCAGUCGCAGUUAUUUGGCAGCAGUUGUAAAGAGUUAAUAACACGUAUUUGUAAUUCUUUGUUUAGGUUAGAUUGGGAUGGUAUCCGUAAGCAUUUGGAUGAAUAUGCGGCUAUUGCGAGUUCCUCAAGAGGGGGAAGAAUUGGAAUUGAAGAAUUUGCAGAGUAUUUAAAGUUGCCUGUUUCAGAUGUCCUGAGACAACUUUUUGCACUCUUUGACAGGAACCAUGAUGGCAGUAUCGACUUCCGGGAGUAUGUGAUUGGCCUGGCUGUCUUGUGCAACCCUGCCAACACAGAGGACAUCAUCCAGGUGGCAUUUAAGCUCUUUGAUGUUGAUGAGGAUGGCUACAUAACCGAGCAAGAGUUUUCCACCAUUCUGCAGGCUGCCCUUGGAGUGCCUGACCUUGAUGUUUCUGGUCUUUUCAAGGAAAUAGCGCAGGGGGAUGCUGUGUCCUUUGAGGAAUUUAAAAGUUUUGCCCUAAAGCAUCCAGAGUAUGCUAAGAUAUUUACGACAUACUUAGACCUCCAGACGUGCCAUGUGUUUUCAUUACCAGACAAAGCCCAGGCACCUCCGUUGGGCGCAAGUAAUAAAGUCAGUCCUGAGAAUCAUGACGAGAGCAUCUCAGACAAAAAAGAUGACUGAAAGCCUGUGUUACCAGUAAGGAAAACACAGUGACCUUUCCUCGACAUUGUGAAAGCGCUUACCGAUGGUAUUGUAAGUGUGAUGAUUUGAGUAAUGACGAUGUAUAAAACGGAGAGCUUUUUAAUAAAAAUGAUAGAUUUUAUUAAGAUGCUUUUAUUCACAUAUGUAUAACAAGUAAUAUAUAUAUUUUUUUCCUGUGAUAUUGUGCUGAACUGAUUGGUUGACUGGGGAUAAAUGGUUUUAUGGGUUUCCCAGGUUAAUUUGCAUACCCAAAUGAAUGAAACGGUCUCACGUAUUUCCUGAUAAGCAUUAAUCAACACUGUAGAGUUUAAAAAGUGCAAACAUUCUUUAAUCUCCUUUCCUCUGAGGAAAUAAAGUCAUCGUGCGUUA